CGCUAAAACCACAACGCAACGGACAUAGCGAAACUAUACAUGGUAAUUCUUUGUGGACUACGGAACCCUAAAAAGAAAACCAGAUAGUAGGCUCAAAUAUUCUAGAACUCAACAGUCGUAAAGCCCGUUUUAAAAAAAGUAAAAAGGACUGGUAUCCAGGACCAUAAACAUUUAUCGAAUUGAAAAAAAAAAAAGAAAACGAAAACAGUUUGUCGAGUAAUCGAGUUUGUGGUUUUCCGAUUUCAGAGGUAAAUUCAGAAAAAAGAAAUAUACAAAACGCUUAAAACAUCCUAUUGUGGCUUGCGACUAAUAAUUUAACAACUGAUAAGAUUUUAAAAGAUCCUCUAAGAUGUCAAGUCUAAAUUAUACGAUUCGUAUGGAGGGUCAAACGAAAAUCAACACUCUGAUAUGGACCGUGCCGUGUUUUAUCAAAUUACUUGAAAACAAAACUGUUAGAGAGUUUCGGACGGACAAACUCGACCACGGUAAUCGUGAUAUAAAGUCCGGUAUCCAGUUGAAGUUGCAAUUCUUGGGUCAAGAGAAUGAAAUAAUAGAAAUUUAUUAUUUGUCACCUAAUCCUGUGUUUCUGCAAUCCAUACUCACAGUAUGUUUAAAGCGUUUCGAAGAACGCUCCAUAGUGAUAAAAGAGUAUCAAACAGUGCAAGGCAACAAGUGGCAGUACUUGGCUACGUUGUACAAACGGGAUAUAGCCAGUAACAAUGGCAGCGAUACAUUCCUUCUAAUUGACGGCAGCCUGAGGCUUAAAUUUCAAUUUAAGAUCUCCAAUAAUAUUAAAGUAGAAAGAUCUAACAUUCCCGAGACACAGUUAAGUUAUGAUUUUGAAAAUAUGCUACUAACUGGCUUAUUUUCUGACGUUAUCAUGAAAUCCGCAGAAGGAAACGAGUACAAAGUCCAUAAAGCCGUAUUAGCCAGCCGCAGUGUUGUGUUGAAGGCUCAUUUCGAGCACAGCACUAUAGAAUGUCAGACAAACAUUGUGGAAUCUCCUCUGGAAGCUGAAGUUCUGAUAGAAGUAUUGAAAUUCAUUUACAGCGACAAAGCACCGAGAGUAGACGAGAUUCCCGAACGUUUAUUGGCUGCAGCCGAUUUCUACCAGCUCAGCAGAUUGAAGAGUUUGUGCGAGGAAGCAUUGCACAAACGGUUGACUGUGGAAAAUGUUAUAGAAACUCUGCAGCUUGCUGAUUUGCACUCUGCCAAAACACUGAAGCUAUUGACGCUGGAAUUCAUCAAAGACGGCCAAGCUCAGCUGAUAACCAAAACUGAGGGAUGGGCUAAAAUAAAGUCCAUAGAACUAAUUAAAACAAUUUAUGAGUACAUCAUGACUGAUGAUAUUGAGGCUGAAGAUAUAAAAUAAUUUUGGAACUGCAAUUCAAUGUAACUGAUGCUUUUCCGUGCAAGUAUAUUUUUGCGGCAAGGUGAAUUUCUUAAUCACAAGUAGUCAUAGGCAUACAUAGUGGAGGGGCCAGGUGGCCGUGCCCACCGGAUUUUGACGGCCUCCGUGGCGCAGUGGUAUGCGCGGUGGAUUUACAAGACGGAGGUCCUGGGUUCGAUCCCCGGCUGGGUAGAUUGAGAUUUUCUUAAUUUGUCCAGGUCUGGCUGGUGGGAGGCUUCGGCCGUGGCUAGUUACCACCCUACCGGCAAAAACAUACCAUCAAGCGAUUUAGAGUUCCGGUAUGAUGCCGUGUAGAAACCGAAAGGGGUGUGGAUUUUCAUCCUCCUCCUAACAAGUUAGCCCACUUCCAUCUUAGACUGCAUCAUCACUUACCAUCAGGUGAGAUUGUAGUCAAGGGCUAACUUGUAAAGAAUAAAAAAAAAAACCCUAGAAUUCUGGGCUACCAAUAUGGAAUUCUAUUAUCAUACUAAUAAUAGACUUGAUGUCGGGGGCUAGGCCUACCCUAGGACAGCGGUUCCAGUGGAAUUUUGAAAUGCAAUAUUACAAAACAAGUUAAUUGUUUUAAUGAUACGCCAAUGCAAGUAGUACCAGUGGCAGAUUUGUAGUUUUGUUGCUCUAGGCCCUAAAGUGUUAGCUGCCUUUUAUCAAAAUCAAUUAAUUUUGUAAUAUUCUCCAAAAUCUUGGGGAAAAUUGCACAUUUAAAUAGAACUCAAAAACGGUUUUAAGUGUAAGAAAAAGAAAUUGACAAAGAGAAAGUUAUUUUUCAUUGCUUAUUCCUACAUUUUUUCUGACAAAUGGCUGCCCUAUACCAGAGCCUACUGGACCUUGGGUAAAUCUGCCGCUGAGUGGAUGUCAUCUACUGAAUAAAUAGUAUUUACAUGUUUACAGUUAGUUUAAGAACCUCUAGGAAAAAUAUAUAUAAUGGUAAAAGACACAAUGAGUCCACAUGAAAUUAUGUUGUUCACAAAUUGAAAAAAAUUCAACAUAUAGAAAUUUUGUAUCACAUAUUUAUUAAAAGUACUAUAUGUUGUUGGACAACUACCUCUAUCUUCCAGAGAAUGCCCUGAUAAAAUUCAUUGCCCUAUUUAUUUUUAUUUAUUUAUUCAAAAAUUAAUUUAUUUCCAUAUAGGCUUUUAUAGAAGCACUUAUGUAACAAGUCAAGUAUGGUAGUGAGUCAACCAUUGGUUGGGAAACAAAAAGUUCUCACACAUUCUAGUGAGAAGAUGAAAUGGAUUACUGUAUGCAGUCAGUAUGUAGUUGCAAUACUGUAUAAAUGAUAUAAUAAAGUUGUUGUCAUAGUGUU